AUGUCACAAAAUAAUGAAUACUAUGUGCUUGCAGAUCGCAGAAUUAAACUAAAUAUUGGCGGGUUCAAGUAUGAAACGAAACGAUCAACUCUAAUAAAUUAUCCUGAUAGUCUUAUUGCCAAUGAUAUUGAGGAAAAUGAAACCAACGAACUAUUCUAUAAUCGAGAUGGCCACUUGUUCUGGUACAUUCUACAAUUUUACCGAACAGGACGAAUCCAUCUCCCGCUAGCAAAUUCUUCGUCGCCUUGUUUGAGCUGUGGUCAACCAACUUUUCUCGAGCAUCUCAAAAGGGAGUUUGAAUAUUUCCGUAUGCCUUUUUCGGAGCCCAUCGAGAAUCGCAAGUUGGCAUCAUCUGAUAUUAUGGAAUCACUGAUUGCGUCCAGGGUUGAUGAAUUUUUGAAUGUAUUGAAAAAAGUUUUUAUGGAAGUUAUAAUCGCAAACGAGACAAAAGUAGAAAUAACUUUUUCUGUGAAAAAGACGCCGCCCGAGGUUCGAAUCGGAAAAGAAAGGUCAAUCAUGAAAUCUUAUCUUUAUGAAAACAUCUGUAAAAUGGUCGCUCCGUUUAGUGAAAGCGCCAUAAAGAUUCUUGAUAUGUUUAACGAUGAGAUUGGUCAACAUAUGAGAGAAAACUUGCCUGGUUUGACGUGGCGAGUAGACAGUAAUUUUUCCCAGGAAAUUGGCAACUUUCACAAUAUUCGAAUGCAGUACCAAAGUGAAGGAGUUCUCAUUCGUGAGGCUAUUAUCGCAAGUUCCAAACAUGCCA